AUGCAAGCUGCCCCAUGUAUUCUGCGAUGGGACCGGCAGUGUCCAUUCUGUGGAGUACAACUGCUCACCGAUGAGCGCUCCGAGUUCUGCUGUGCACGUGGGCGCCGCCUUGGUGAUGUCCCUCGCCUCCCUCCCCUUCCUCCUCAAUACGAUGCAUUCAUCAACCACCCGCAGAUCUCUAUUCUCUCCCGCAAGCUUAACCUCAUGGUCUCAUUUGCAGCCCUCGAGACCAGCAUGAGAUUUCCGCAGACACAUGGUGGGAUGUUUGCAAUUCAAGGAAAGGUCUACCAU